CAUUUCACACACGGACGUCAGUGCACUUCCGUUCCCCAUGACACCGGAGUGAAGUUCUGACAGCUCAGGCUUCACUCGGUGCUUUCUCACCCCCAUAAAACCUACAUAAAUAUCACAUUUCCUUCACCAUUUUCGCUCUCAAGUGCCUCAAUCUCCGCCUGGAGCUUCAGCGAGCGGAGGGCAGCCGAUGAUGUUGUAGCACGGAGCACCAGCUCGGAGAUUACAGGCAUUUGAGUAGCAGCGCAGCGCGAGGCAGACCAAGGCAGAGCGCUGCUGAGUAGCCAUGCUCACAUUGGCCAGUAAGCUGAAAAGGAGUGAUGGAGGACAGACAGGCCGUGCCUCUGGAGCCACUGACUCAACUCAUAGGGUCUCGAUAAGGGACCGUCUCCUUACCAAAGAAGUUGCAGAACUUGAAGCCAAUCUUCCUAGUACAUGCACAGCCAAUUUCCCAGACGAGGACAAGCUGCACCAUUUUCAGUUGGCAGUGUCUCCUGAUGAAGGUUACUACCAAAGUGGGAUGUUUCAGUUUGAAAUAGAUGUUCCAGAAGCUUAUAACAUGGUGCCUCCAAAAGUGAGAUGUCUGACUAGAAUAUGGCAUCCAAAUAUCACUGAGAGUGGAGAGAUCUGCCUGAGCCUAUUGCGUGAACAUUCUAUCGAUGGAACAGGAUGGGCUCCCACCAGAACGUUAAAGGAUGUGGUCUGGGGAUUGAACUCGUUGUUCACCGACUUGUUGAAUUUUGAUGAUCCGUUAAACAUUGAUGCGGCAGAACAUCAUCUGAGAGACAAGGAGGAUUUUCGUAAUAAAGUUCAAGAUUACAUCAAGCACUACGCCAGAUGAUAGACGCAUGGCUCUGCGUCAAGCUGCUCCACCUUUGCCUCAGCUUAUCUCGGCCGGGUCCUCACGCAAUCAGUCGCCGGCCGUCCUAACGUCCCACCCUUGCUCAGCAGAUUGCAAUAAACCUCAACAUUUUUUAAAGGAAGGACGCGUCUACACAAAGCACCGUGCUUUAAUGGUUCUACAGUGUUUUUGGAGGCGACAGCGUGUGAUCAUCGUGACGCAGUAACUGAAUGAAGCUGCUGGCUUGGCUCUUGAACGGCCAACGUCCCACGACGUGAUGAAUCACAGUGAACGUAUGUAUUUGUUUUAACAUUAAGUCAUUCAGAGAAGGUUUCAACAGUUGUCACGUUCCAGUGCCUGCAGUGCUUGUGUUGGGAAAGAGAAAAUGCAUUUUAAGAACACAUUUACACACACAUCAUUACUAUUAUUAUUAUUAUUAUUAUUAUUAUUAUUAUUAUUAUCUAUGCUGUCACGCUACAGUCGUACUCAUGCACACAAGCUGCAGAUCAACUCCCAGCCCACGAGACAGCAUUUGAAUGAUCAGCACCAUAUCUGUCGUCAUUCUCUUGCACGUUCACACACACACACACACACACACACACACACACACACACACACACACACACACACACACACACACACACACACACACACACACACACACACACACACACGCACACACACACACAAGCACACACACACAUAAGCACACACACACACUUUUGAUCACCUUUGUUUACCUCAUGUGCAGAGGGAGUGACUACUGUACAAUAACUUGACUUUUUUGUCUUCUGCUGCUCAUCUUCCCGUUUCCCUUCUCAUCUGCCUUCUUGUCAUGUCACACACACACACUCACACACACAAAAUUCAAAACCAAAAGAAUAAGAAGGUCCACUUAUGCCGAACACGAGUGCGGGCAGCGAGUACUUGAGUCCAGUCGACAAUAAAUUCUGGUCAACAAUAGCAAAUUAUUUAAAAGCAGAAAGACUAAUGACUUUUUUAAAGGUUGUUUUGAACAAAGUCCACCGUCUUCCUAAUUUUUUUAGAAUAUUUUAAUGUGGAAAAUACAGGCCAUUUACCAUUACAUAAAACAUCUGUCAUGGCAUGUUUUGAAUUGGGAAUAUAUGUCACAAAUGUGUCCUCCAGUUAUUAGGAUUACAGUCAAUAAGAUGAUCUGCUCAAGCACAGGUGUCAAACUUGAGGCCCAGGGGCCAGAUCUGGCAAGCCAUAUAGCUUUUAUGGCCCAUGAACGCCUGGGAAUAAUAUGCGUCAAUAAAGUACCUUUUUUUUUAAUGAAAUAUAUUAGUUUUUUCCAUUUUGACAGAAAAAAAACCUGCAUGAAAGUGCAUACUUUUUCCAAAUUUAAUCAUACUUUCCAAACAAUUGUUUUUUAAAAUUAAAAAUAAAUACAUAUGAUUUCAAAGCAAGUUUUCCAUUAAAUCGUACACUUAAAUAGAUUUUACAGUAAAAUGUACCGUGGUUUUUACAGCAUAUUCCUGUGAAUUGAAACACAGUAUAACUCUGUUGACUGAGUUACCCGUUUUUUACUGUAAAAUCCACGGUUGUUGUUUUUACAAUGUAUUACUACUUUCAAUGGAAAAAACAAUGCAGCAUUUUUUUAACAUAAAAAUAACUGGCAGCUCAGUUGCCAGAAUAAAAAACAAAACAAAAACAGUACUACUGUUUUUCCAAUAUGUUGUUAAAAAAAAGUUCUGCCUACUAAGCUGCCUGGUUUUCCCGUAAAUAAAACAGUGGUACAUUUUUUUCCAUUUACCGUAAUAUGUUGUAAAAGCACAUCAUUUUUUUACAGUAAAAUUCUUGUGACCGAGUUGCCAGUUGUCACUGUAAAAUCUUUUUUUUUUUUACAGUGUACAUACGAAAUAUAUAUAAAAAUCACUUUCAUAGGGGGCAGGACGGUGGAUAGGGGUUAGUGCAUGUGCCUCACAAUACCAAGGUCCUGAGAAGUCCUGAGUUCAAACCCGGGCGCAGGAUCUUUCUGUGUUGGUUCCCUCCGGGUACUCCGGCUUCCUCCCACCGCCAAAAACACGCACCUGGGGAUAGGUUGAUUGGCAACACUAAAUUGGCCCUAGUGUGUGAAUGUUGUCUGUCUAUCUGUGUUGGCCCUGUGAUGAGGUGGCGACUUGUCAAGGGUCAUUCCGCCCGAAUGCCGCUGAGAUAAGCUACAGCGACCCGAAAAAGGGACACGCGGUAUAAAAUGGAUAGAUGAAAUUACAUAGCCCAAUUCAUAAAUUAGUUGCUGUUACAAGCGGCCUAUUGAUGGCAGCCAAAACUGCGAUAUGGCCCUCGAUGAAAACAACACCCAUGUGGUAAAGCAUUGUCUUAUUUCUCUCAACCAUGACUAUAGGAAAACUAAUGAAUGGAUGAAAAUGUGCUCUUGGGUGUAGAAUACGGUGGUACCUCAGUUUUUGUCAGUAAUCCGUUCCAAAGAGACAAAACCUGAGUCAUACGAGAACUGAAGCAUUUUUCCAACUUGGAAAUACUGUAAAUCCAUUUAAUUAAUUACAGACACCCCAAACUAAUAAGAAAAAACAUAUCAUAAGAGAAAACAAUGCAAAAUAACAUCACUUUUACCUUUAUUGAAGACUCUUCAGACUUCAGUUACUUUCUUGAAUUCAAUUGUGUUUCUUACUUUUUUGACACUCACAACUUUAAUUGGCCCCUUUUUAAAAAAUAAUUUAAAAAAAAGCACUUAAGUUGAGCCACCAAAGCAUAGGAUUCUUUGUUCAGGCGCUUGGUUGUGUAGAAUGGCACGCAAAACACUUACUGGUUCUUUACACACAAUGAAACAGAAUAUGAAAAUGUUGGUGAAUGUUAACACAGAAUAAAACAUUUAAGGUGAGGCAUACAAAAACCUAGGUACCACUGUAAUUGUCCUUUAUUGCAGAUGGUGCUACUCCUUUACUAGAUGAAACAACACACCCAGAUGAGCCGUUUUGCCAAUGUGGAGAAAGGCCAGUGAAAAAUGUGUGUGAGAUGAGGAUAUAAACUGUCACAUGCUUAAGCCAGUGACAGUUUAUACCUCUGAUUUCUUCCUUUCAGAUCCAAACUGCUCUUCUCCUUCCUUUCUUUCUGUUUACCCGUUACGAUAAAGCAAUGUGUUGAAGAGAGAGAGAGAAAGAGAGAGAGAAAGUUCACUGUGUGGAUGUGUGUGCGUGAGGACAUCUCCAGUACGAUGUGUUUAAUGUGACCUGUUGGCAUGCUCCGGACUCCUUCAUGUCGUCCUUUUUCUUUGCGUCGCAACUUCUGGUCCACAGUUGAAAAUAAGAGGACCCGUGUCACAGCAGACAUGUAACAACACAUCUGCCAAGGUAAAGGAUGGGGACAGUAGGACGAUACAAGUAGUAGAUAAAGCCAACGUGAGCAGUGUUGGUCCAGUAUUCAUUUUAGCCUUAUUCACACUGACGGUAUAUUGCGUGUCCUUUAUUUUGGCGGUGUGUCGUGAUUGUUUUUCUGAGGCUGCUGUUUGGUAAAUCUGCAUGAGCUCAUGCCAUAUUUGAACCAGGAGAGAAUUUAGAUUGAAAAGGCAGUCCCUAAAAUUCUCAACUGUGUCUCUCCAGAUUGUACAACCAUUUUUUUUUUUUAAGAAAUAUUAAAAGAUGAUAUAAACCAAA